AUGAUCAGUCGAUUCGCAUACAGAAGCCCCCGGAAGGCUGCUCGGCUUUGUGGUCGUUUAUCGUCGCACAGUGUGGUUCUACGCGGCAGACGUACUGCCGUUACAGCCAGUGCACCAGCGGCAUUUGACGAAGAGACAGAUGUUCUAGUUAUAGGGAGCGGUGCGGGAGGCUUAACUGCUGCCCUGAGAGCGCAGUCCCACGGCCUUCGGACGCUGGUGGUCGAGAAGGAGGAAGCGCUGGGAGGGACAUCCGCGUACUCUGGUGGUGCCAUGUGGAUUCCAAACAGCCAUCUAUCUGAAGCCGCUGGUGUAAAGGACAGCAAGGAAGAGGCUCUCCAAUACCUCGAAGCAACCAUUGGAGAUGUCGGCCCUGUGUCGUCUCGAGAGCGCAAGGUUGCUUUUCUCGACAAUGGGCCUCGACUGGUUCAGUUCCUGGAGAAGGCCGGAUUCCAAUGGCGCCUGGGAACAGGGGGAUGUCCCGAUUACUUCCCUGAGACACCGGGCAGCUCAAUGUUUGGACGGACGCUAGAACCGAUGAUCUUUGAUAUGAAGAAGCUGGGGUCCUGGAGGAGUUUGGUUCGAAAGCGUCCUGGUCCCCCUAUUGCUGCAUAUGUGACGGAGACCAACAGAGCUCUCAAAUCAGGGGCUUCGUGGACGGACUUCAACGCUCUGCUUAAGAUCGUCCUGCGUCAGGGACUGCUCACUCUGUUUGGCCAGGCUCCCUCGGCGAUGGGCCAGGCACUGGUAUCCCAGCUGCUGUACCUGCACAAACAGGCCGGAACAACGAUACAGCCUAAGACAGCGCUGGUUGACUUGAUCAUGGACGGUUCGACGGUCGUUGGAGCCACGGUCAACCACGAUGGCCGGCAGAAGACCAUCCGGGCCUCUCGUGGAGUCCUUCUUGCCGCGGGGGGUUUCGCUCACAACAAGCAACUCAGGGAGAAAUAUGGUCCUUCGCCGGCCAGUGUUGAAUGGACAAGUGCCCCCCCCGGAGACACAGGGGACGCUAUCACCGCUGCCAUGAAGGUCGGAGCAGCUACGGCACUGCUGGACGAUGCCUGGUGGGGACCGACUGUCCUCUGUCCGGCCCUCGGGACGCCCAUCUUUGCCCUGACCGAGCGAGCUCGUCCGUUCAGUAUCAUUGUUGAUUCCUCCGGGUCGAGGUUCAUGAACGAAGCUGAACCGUAUACGGAUGCUGGCCACCAUCAGUACGAACGACACCAAAAGGUGAACGCCAUCCCAGCCUGGCUGAUAGUUGACCACUCGUUCCGCAAACGAUACAGCAUUGGUAACCUGUUCCCUAUGCGACCUGAUCCAAAGAAGGGGCUCAAGGAAGGAUAUUUAUUCAAGUCCGAUACCAUCCAAGACCUAGCAAGGCAGAUUGGCGUUGAUGCUGCGGGUCUCGAGAAGACGCUCUCUCGAUUCAACCGGAUGGCCAGGGCCGGAGUCGACGAGGACUUUAACCGCGGUGUCUCUGCGUUUGAUAAUUACUUUGGAGACCCCCUGAUAGGACCCAACCCGAACCUGGGGCCGAUCGAGAAGCCGCCGUUCUACGCUGUUCGGAUUGUUCCAGGAGACUUGGGCACCAAGGGGGGUUUACUAACCGACGAAUUUGCGCGGGUGAUCAGGGAGAGUGACGGGAAGCCGAUUGAACGGCUGUAUGCUGCGGGUAAUAGCAGUGCAAGUGUGAUGGGCAGGACUUAUUCUGGCGCUGGCGCUACCAUUUCGCCUGCCAUGACCUUUUCUUUUAUUGCAGCGGAUCAUAUGGCGGGUCAAUGA